AUUUAUUUUCCUUCUUCUGGGGCUUCUGGAUGGAGCUCGUCUCGCUGCUGUUGCAGCCGCGGCACUUCGCGGCAACUCCGGUAUUGGUAAUUGCAUGAGUGUCCACAACCUCAUCUGUUGCUCUUUCCACGAUCCUUUAUACUUCUAGCUGCUUACUACUAGCUAGCGGCUGACACUAUCGUUGUUGAUGAACUGGAGUCCAACACCAUAGGAUCCAUUUUUACACCCAACUCAGCAGCAGCCGCAGCAAUUGCUUUGAUUGAUUUGAUUGAAUCAUUUUGUCGUACCGUGGAAUAAGAUGGCAACGGCAACUCCCCAAUCUUUGAACCUGGUAUUGGGCCACAGCACCCGCAUGGCCAAGAACGAGAUCAAUCGUCACAAGGACGCUAGGAUUGUGUGUAUUGUAUCUCCAAGUCCACGCGCAGCUCGUCGCAUGGACGACGAUGGCAUGAUUACGACCUUUCGCGCGGUGGGGGAAACGCUCACGAAGAUGGAACGCUUGGAGAUCCACUUUUACUCGACGGGUUCUAUUUGGCUUCCCAUGAACGCCUUGUCGCUGUUGUUGUCGAACGCUCGUAAAUUGGAAUUUGUCUUGUUGAAUGGGAUGCGUUUGAAGGGAUCGAUGGAAGAACUGGUCAUGCUCAGCAAUUGCUUCAAGUAUCAUCCUACGUUGGACCGCAUGUCGCUGUUCAACAUUAACUCGUUGAACCCGACGCUGGUGCCACUCCAUCCCAUCCUCGACGGCAUUUCCGCAAAUCCUGUCAUUCGAGACGUCGCGCUCCGGUAUGCCAGUUGGGCCACUCCUGGAUUGGAACAUGUGGCGGCCGAAAACAGCAAGAUACGAGUCCUUCGCAUGUCCGGCAAACAGACGGUCCACGACGCCCGCGGUGAUGCCUUUCCCAAAAUGUUCCACGCCCUCAAGACUAAUGUCAACUUGCAAGAACUCACCAUUCAUCAGUCUGUCGGACCGUCUGGGGCUGGAACGAUUGUUGCCAACAUGUUGAAAAAGAACAAGCAUUUGCGCUCCAUGACGAUGGAAUUAGGGCAGUUCACGGAAGCCAUUCCCAUUGCCAAAGCGUUGGCACGAGAAAACGGAUCUCUCAAGAAACUCGAUCUCAAAUUCCACAACACGGAUCCUCACAAGGCUCGUCCGCAAAUUUGGACCGACAUUUACGGCAAUACGCAGCGUACUGCCAACAAUGGAGCCGGCCCCUUGCGUCGUGUCAUGUGGGAUUCCGAUGAAUCAGAAUCCGAUGAAGAGGAAGAAGUCAAGUUGGAUCGAUUGAAAAAGACAACAGAGGCUUUUGAAAAGGCACUCGAAACCAACACGACCGUCGAAGACAUCAAGUUCAUCACACCCGGAGGAGAAAGGCGAGAGUCCUACAACAUUUUGCUCUACUGCAAGUUGAACCAGGGAGGAUGGCGUCAGCAUUUGAUCAUGAGAGAUGACACGCGUGCCUCGCAAAUUGUUGACUUUCUCGUCAGCCAAAACAAUCAAGCCGAAGCCACCGGAGAUGAACCUAUCAGUGACCUGGAUGUCAUUUGGACCAUGCUCAGGUCGAAACCUUCCUUGAUCAACUUGAUGGUCACGGACUUCACUCCUCAACAGAAGGUGAGGCGUGACAAAGAAGAGGCCAUCUUCCUCAAGAAGAACCAUCCUAGCAAGAAGAACAAGAAACGUGCCUCCGUCACGAAACGCGCGCCCGCAGAAACGAAGAAGAGGGCCGCGGAGCCCAUGGCCACUCGAAGGAGUCUUCGCCGCCGGUGCCGUUAGGCAUUGACGCGCAGGAGGAUGGUGUGGUCAGUUCAAGGCUACCAAGAUUUCGGCCUUGUCGGCUGUGGUCUUUGGUGGGGUUUUUCUGGAACUAUUCAUGUCUGUGCGAUUGUGAUGCAAGAAGGAGAAUGGGGAGGUGGAAAAAUAGGGGUGUCGUCGAACGUGGUCCGCUUUGGCGGCGCGAGCACUUGUUCGAGACGCGUACAGUUUUUUACUAUCUACAUUUAUGUAGUUUGUCUUGGCGUGCGGUGGAGACGAUAGAUGAGGAGAGAGGUGGUUCGGAUGGUUCGGGAUGUGUACGAGAGAGGAGGCCAAUUGGAAAGGUUCCAUUUCGUGUGCGGCGUUCCAUCAGAUGACAAAACACAAGAUGCAUGGUUACUAUAUAUAUUUUGUUAGGCUUGGCCGGAAAGAAGAGUGGCAUACAGAGAAAUGCCACUAUCGGAAACGUGGGAGUAGGGUAUCAAUCUUGAAUGUGGGGGAGCUGGCCUGUUCCCGUGACGUUGUCGUAGAUAAAUAAUACACUUUUUUGACUUC